AUGAUUCCUAUAUGCCCGGUAGUUUCUUUCACCUAUGUGCCCAGCCGGCUGGGAGAAGAUGCCAAAAUGGCCACCGGCAACUACUUUGGAUUCACCCAUAGCGGGGCUGCUGCCCAGUAUAGCCAGCAGCCAGCUUCGGGUGUAGCUUAUUCCCAUCCAACUACAGUUGCCAGCUACACUGUUCACCAGGCACCAGUUGCUGCGCACACCGUAACUGCAGCCUAUGCUCCAGCAGCAGCUACAGUUGCAGUAGCCAGGCCUGCUCCAGUAGCUGUUGCAGCUGCUGCAACAGCUGCUGCUUAUGGAGGCUAUCCUACAGCGCACACAGCUACAGAUUAUGGUUAUACACAGAGGCAACAAGAAGCUCCACCACCACCACCUCCUGUCACUACGCAGAAUUACCAGGAUUCCUAUUCUUAUGUUCGAUCUACUGCCCCAGCUGUAGCUUAUGACAGCAAACAAUACUAUCAACAACCAACAGCGACUGCUGCAGCUGUGGCUGCUGCUGCCCAGCCUCAACCUUCAGUAGCUGAAUCAUAUUACCAGACAGCUCCAAAAGCAGGAUACAGCCAAGGGGCAACUCAGUAUACCCAAGCCCAGCAAACACGACAAGUGACAGCUAUAAAACCUGCAACCCCAAGUCCAGCAACAACUACGUUUUCUAUAUAUCCAGUAUCCUCUACUGUGCAGCCAGUAGCACCUGCAGCUACUGUUGUUCCAUCCUAUACUCAAAGUGCAACAUACAGUACAACAGCAGUUACUUACUCUGGUACCUCUUAUUCUGGCUAUGAAGCUGCAGUGUAUUCAGCUGCAUCAUCCUAUUACCAGCAGCAGCAGCAGCAGAAACAGGCAGUGGCAGCAGCUGCUGCUGCUGCAACAGUUGCUUGGACAGGGACCACCUUUACUAAAAAGGCACCAUUCCAAAAUAAGCAACUGAAACCAAAGCAACCUCCCAAACCACCCCAGAUCCACUACUGUGAUGUUUGUAAGAUCAGCUGUGCUGGACCACAGACUUAUAAAGAACACUUAGAAGGCCAGAAACACAAAAAGAAAGAAGCGGCAUUAAAAGCUUCCCAGAACACCAAUAGCAGCAGCACUUCUGCUCGUGGAACUCAAAAUCAGUUGCGCUGUGAGCUUUGCGAUGUAUCUUGUACAGGAGCAGAUGCUUAUGCUGCACAUAUCCGUGGAGCCAAGCAUCAGAAAGUAGUAAAGUUGCACACAAAACUUGGCAAACCCAUUCCUUCAACUGAACCAAAUGUGGUUACCCAAGCUGCUACUUCAACAUCCGCAUCUGCUUCGAAACCAACUGCCUCUGCUUCAAAUACAGCAACUAGCAGCAGUACUGUGACCUCCUCUGUUGCAUCCUCUGCAGUGAAAAUUCUUGCUCCCAUGGCAAAUGCACCACUUAACACUGUGUCCAACAACAAAACAUCUUCAACUGCUGCUAAUAUAGCUAUAAAGAAAAUAUCUACACCAAAAAUAAACUUUGUUGGUGGUAAUAAACUUCAGACAACAGGAAGUAAACUGGAGGAAAUGAAAUCAACUGAAAGUAUUAAAACAACAACUGCUGCUACAGUACAAACACAAGAAGUAAAACCAGACACGGCAGCUGAACCAGUGACUCCUACAACUCUUGCUGCCUUGCAAAGUGAUGUCCAACCAGUGGGCCAUGACUAUGUGGAGGAGGUGAGAAAUGAUGAAGGAAAGGUGAUCCGCUUUCACUGUAAACUUUGUGAAUGCAGUUUUAAUGAUCCUAAUGCCAAGGAGAUGCACUUAAAAGGGAGGCGGCACAGACUUCAGUAUAAGAAAAAAGUAAACCCAGAUUUACAAGUAGAAGUAAAGCCCAGUAUUCGAGCAAGAAAAAUUCAAGAAGAGAAGAUGAGGAAACAGAUACAGAAAGAAGAAUACUGGAGAAGGCGAGAAGAGGAAGAACGCUGGAGGAUGGAAAUGAGGCGAUAUGAAGAGGACAUGUACUGGAGGAGAAUGGAGGAAGAGCAGCAUCAGUGGGAUGACCGCCGCAGAAUACCAGAUGGAGGAUAUCCUCAUGGUCCUCCAGGACCUCUAGGCAUGCUGGGAGUUAGACCAGGAAUGCCUCCUCAGCCCCAAGGACCAGCUCCUCUUCGCCGCCCUGACUCCUCUGAUGACCGCUAUGUGAUGACCAAACAUGCAGCUAUAUAUCCAACAGAGGAGGAACUUCAAGCAGUCCAAAAAAUUGUUUCUAUUACUGAGCGUGCUUUGAAACUUGUUUCUGACAAUAUGACUGACCAUGAAAAAAGCAAGAGCAAAGAGGGAGAUGACAAAAAAGAUGGCAGUAAAGACAGAGCUUUGAAAGGAGUUUUACGGGUGGGUGUUUUGGCUAAAGGUUUGUUACUCCGUGGAGACCGAAACGUCAGUCUUGUUUUGUUAUGUGCUGAGAAGCCUUCAAAGAUGUUACUCAGUUGUAUUGCUGAAAAUCUUCCCAAACAACUUGCAGUAAUAAGUCCCGAGAAAUAUGAUAUCAAGUGUGCAGUCCCAGAAGCCGCAAUAAUUUUGAAUUCAUGUGUGGAACCCAAAAUGCAAGUUACUAUCACACUGACAUCUCCAGUCAUUCGGGAGGAGAACAUGAGGGAUGGAGAUGUAACCUCGGGUAUGGUGAAAGACCCACCGGAUGUCUUGGACAGGCAAAAAUGCCUUGACGCUCUGGCUGCUCUACGCCACGCUAAGUGGUUCCAGGCUAGAGCUAAUGGUCUGCAGUCCUGUGUGGUUAUCAUACGUAUUCUCCGUGACCUCUGUCAACGGGUUCCAACUUGGUCUGAUUUUCCAAGCUGGGCUAUGGAGUUGCUUGUGGAAAAAGCAAUUAGCAGUGCUACUGGACCACAAAGUCCUGGGGAUGCAUUAAGAAGAGUUUUUGAAUGUAUAUCUUCAGGAAUCAUCCUUAAAGGUGGUCCUGGCCUUCUGGACCCUUGUGAGAAAGAUCCUUUUGAUACACUUGCUGUAAUGACAGAUCAACAACGUGAGGAUAUUACUUCAAGUGCACAGUUUGCACUGAGACUCCUUGCAUUCCGUCAAAUACACAAAGUUUUAGGAAUGGAUCCAUUACCACAGAUGAAUCAACGCUUCAACAUCCAUAAUAAUCGUAAAAGGAGAAGGGACAGUGAUGGGGUUGAUGGAUUUGAAGCAGAGGGAAAAAAAGACAAAAAAGAUUAUGAUAACUUUUAAAAAUGUCAUUAGUGCUAAGAUUGAAGGUGAUAAGAAGUCCAUUUGUUGCCUUGCUUUUA